GAGAAAAUAAAGAGCAAAGAAACAAAGAGAAAAAAGAAAAAGAAAAAAGAGAGAGAGCUUCUCAGAGUUUCACAGAAACCUCUCACUGUACCUUUCUACGUCUCCUUUUCCCUUCUUUUUUCCAGCUCUUUUCAAAGAUUGGGGGAUGUUUUGUGAUUGGUUUUGUGGGAAACGAGUGAAUUGAGGAAUGAGGUUCAGUGUGGGAUCAAUGGGUGGGAAGAGAUCUGCUAUGAAGUCCAAGAAUUUGAAGAUCUAUGCACAGUUUUUGUUGUGGUUCUUGUUGAUCUGUGCCGCGCGGGUUUCGCUUGCAGCGACUAAUCCAAGUGAUGUUGCUGCAAUCAAUAACCUAUAUGCUGCACUGGGCAACCCUGUUCUUCCUGGUUGGGUUGCUGCUGGAGGAGACCCGUGUGGUGAAGCAUGGCAAGGUGUGGUGUGUAAAGAUACAGUUAUAAUAAGAAUUGUUCUUAAUGCCGCUAAUUUGGGAGGAGAACUAGGUGAUAACUUGCGCAUGUUUACUUCUAUAGAAGCAAUAGAUCUAAGCAACAACCACAUUGGAGGGAGUAUUCCAUCCAACUUGCCAGCUACCAUGCAAAACAUUUUCCUUUCAGCUAACCAGUUCACUGGAAGUAUCCCGAUGUCUUUAUCCACUUUGACUCAACUGACAGCCAUGUCUGUCAAUGACAAUCAUUUAUCUGGAGAAAUACCGGAUGCUUUUCAAUCCCUGACAGGGUUGAUCAAUCUAGAUUUGUCCAGUAACAAUUUUAGUGGGAAACUACCUCCUUCUGUAGAAAAUUUGUCUUCUCUGACCACCCUACGCUUGCAGAACAAUCAGCUGUCUGGGACCCUGGAUGUUUUACAAGAUCUGCCUCUGAGAGAUUUGAAUAUAGAGAAUAAUCAGUUCUCUGGACCAAUACCUGACAAGUUGCUAAGCAUUCCAAACUUUCUAAAAGAUGGAAACCCAUUCAAUGCUACCAGUGCUCCACUUCCUCCUCCUACAUCUCCAUUAAAACCACCACCAGCAGGUCCAGCACCACCAUUUUUUAAGACACCAGACACUCAAAAUACACCUGGAAAACAGGCUGAUGGUCCAUCUCCAAUAGAGGAAUCAAACUCUGGAAAAUCAAAAAAAUCUUUAACCACUAAACAGGUGGUUGGAAUAUCAGUUGCAGGUUUUUUUUUAGUUAUUGUUCUGGUACUGGGAGUUCUACUCCUGAUUCCAAAGUUUAGCAGACGAAGGGAACUGGAUGACAGAUUUUCCAAGCGGCAUCAAAUAGGUGCAUAUGAAGGCGACAGACAGAAUCCUGGGGACAAUGGAUCCUUAUUUCAACCAAACAAGGAGAAAGUACCAAAGGGGGCAAUUGUUAGGCCAAAGGAGGAUCAUCAGACACAGACGACUAGAAUAGUAGGAGCACGUCCAAAACCACAGGAUGAGAAAAAGAGAGAUGUGCAGAAAAUGGGCACAAUACCAAAGAGGGAGGAUCAUGAGAUAGAUAUGAGUAAAUUUGAUACAUAUUCAAUGCUUCCUCCACCUCCCUCCCUCCCUCCUCCCUCCCCUCCCUCCCUCUCCCCUCCCCUCUCGGAGAAGGUCAUUGUAGAGCUAAAAUUACCUGCUGAAGUAACUACAGUGAAGCCUUCCACCAGAAAUCCAUUCCCCCCAACUUAUGCAAAGUCUUUCACCAUUGCAUCCCUUCAGCAAUAUACAAACAGCUUCUCUCCAGAAAACCUUAUAGGAGGAGGCAUGUUGGGGAAUGUUUAUAGGGCACAACUUCCUGAUGGGAAGCUACUUGCAGUCAAGAAACUAGACAAGAGAGCUUCCAGUCAGCAGAAAGAUGACGAGUUUCUUGAACUGGUAAACAACAUCGAUGGAAUCCGACAUGCCAAUAUUGUUGAGCUUAUUGGUUACUGUGCGGAGCAUGGUCAAAGGCUUCUGAUCUAUGAGUAUUGCAGUAAUGGUACGCUGCAGGAUGCACUGCACUCAGAUGAUGAACCUAAAAGGAAUCUUUCAUGGAAUACCCGCAUUCGGAUGGCGCUUGGAGCUGCAAGGGCCUUAGAGUAUUUGCAUGAGUUCUGUCAGCCGCCAGUCAUACACAGGAAUUUUAAGUCUUCCAAUCUUCUCCUUGACGAAGAUCUUUUGGUCCGUGUCUCUGAUUGUGGUCUGGCUCCAUUGAUAGCAUCAGGCUCUGUAAGUCAGCUGUCAGGAAGUCUGUUAUCUACUUAUGGUUAUGGAGCUCCAGAAUUUGAGUCGGGAAUUUAUACUCAAAAGAGUGAUGUUUACAGCUUUGGAGUGGUUAUGUUAGAACUUUUAACAGGUCGAAUGUCCUAUGACAGGACACGGACUCGUGGGGAGCAAUAUCUAGUGAGAUGGGCAACCACCCAACUUCAUGACAUUGAUGCAUUGUCAAGGAUGGUUGAUCCUGCUCUCAAUGGAAAAUACCCAACCAAAUCUGUAUCACACUUUGCAGACGUUAUUGCUCGGUGUGUUAUGUCUGAGCCAGAAUUCAGGCCAUCAAUGUCUGAAGUUGUCCAGGACUUAAUGGACAUGAUAAGGAGGGAGGCCAAUGGCGGUGGAUCACAUGAAGACUGACCGAGAUUAGGAAAUGCGUCGGUGAUUUUGGCUUAUGAAUGAUGAAGGUUCGAAAAAUUAAUCUGCUAGAUAACAACCGAAGAAGAUAAAUCUAUUAUGAACAAGCUGCUGAUGAAUGCCCCUACGAACACCCCCAACAUUCACAUCCAAAAACUCUUACCAAAGAGGGUCUUCCCAUCAGCUUCAGGAAUUUUUGGUUGUGACCAGUCUCCUCCAAUUCUUAUGGUUCGUUAUUCGUGAUCACUCUAUUGUCCAUUAAACUACACAAAGGUGUCUGCACCCGGCACAUUGCUAACCAAUUGUUUCAUAACUAUUGAUAGUGGAAAAAAAUUUCGUGUUGUAUUCUUUUGACUUGUGACUGUUUGGAUCUGGACUCUGCUGAUUGAUGUGAGUUCAAUUCUUUUUGUCACAGAUGAGCA